AUGUCUCAGCUAUCUAUUUGCAUCGACAGAAGGCUUAAUUCCUUAUCAACAUCCGUUAUGCCUUUUAUCUUCAAAAUAAAUGACCAUCUACGCAGAGAAAAUGAGAAAGCUUAUGAACCAGAAAUACUCGCUAUUGGUCCUUAUCACCGUGACAAAGUUCACUUACAAAUGAUGGAAGAACACAAAUUACGGUACCUACAAGAGCUGCUUAAGGACAGAAUGGAGUUGAGUGUAAACGGAUAUCUGUUAAAGAUGGAAUAUUUGGAAGAGAAGGCACGUAAAUGUUAUGCAGAACCCAUUGAACUGGAGAAGGAUAAGUUUUUGGAAAUGAUGAUACUUGAUGGGUGCUUUAUCAUCGAAUUAUUUCGCAAGUUUGAAAACCAAAAUUUUCAAAAUGACCCCAUUUUCAAAAUUUCUCCGAUUCUGUGGAGUGUAAAACGUGAUUUAUUAUUAUUUGAGAAUCAACUUCCACUCAGUUUCCUUCUCCAGUUAUUUGAUAUUAUCGGAUAUCCAGACCAACAAACCCCGCUAAUUCCCUUGGCCAUCAGAUUUUUCGGUACAACCUUUUUUGGUUUGUCGUGUUCACAAACUUCCAAUAGUCUAGUAACCGACAUUAUAGAAAACAACACCAAUCAUCUUCUAGGCCUCGUACAUGAUUUCUGGUGCUCUUUUGCAAAGGAGUCCUCUCCUCAGUCUGGUGGGAAUGUUGCAAAAAAAGAAAAGAAAUUGAUUUCCUUAAAAGGUGUUACAGAGCUCCGAGAAGAUGGGAUUAAAUUCGUUAAGGCUGAAAAAGAAGAAUCACAGAGUUUGCUGAAUAUUAACUUUGAAAAAGGCAUCAUGAGAAUCCCUCCUCUUCUAAUUGAUGAUGAUAUAGAGUGGCAAUUAAGAAAUCUGAUUGCCUAUGAGCAAUAUAGUGGAGGAAUUGCAAAAACUUAUAUAACCGACUACGCGAUUUUUAUGGAUUGCCUCCUCAAUUCUCCCAAGGAUGUCAAAAUACUUCGCCACUCUAAAAUUAUUGAUAACUGGUUAGGUGAUGAUGAAGUUGUUUCUACCAUGUUUAACAGAAUAGGCAAUCAUGUUGGAUUCAAUCCAGAUUCUUUCUGUUAUAAGGAUGUUUUGAAGAAAGUUGAAGAGUAUUGCGAGGUUCCUUGUCAUGGAUGGAUGGCCUAUUUAAGGUAUAAUUAUUGCAACAAUCCGUGGUCUAUUCUUUCAGUCAUUGCAGCUAGUAUGUUGCUCAUACUCACUGUGAUACAAACUGUAUCUUCUGUCUUACAAUUCUGGUUUUAA